CACUGAGGUGGGGUGGGGUGGGGUGGGGGUUGCUUUGUUUUUACAUUUAAAGCAUUGUAAUUGAUCCUGCGUCAGAAUUAGGGCAGGAGUUUCACACAUGCCCAAAGAUAAACAGGUACAACGCCACAAAACACCUGGGCCUGGGCAAGUUAAACAAUAAAGGUCAGGCGUAAUGAAAACAUUAAGUAUUAGAGCCUGUUUAGAUAACGCACUCUCCAAAUUAUUUUCAGUUGUACUAUCCGGUCAUUCAAAUUUUUAAUAUGAGUUCUGAGUUGUGGCCUAGUGGGUACUGGGCUGUGGGAAGUAUACGAAUCUAAUUUGUAUUAUUUCAUACACACGGUAUAAGACACUCGUUAAUAAGAAAAAAAUGGCAGAAAAAUAUUUUCUAAUCUUCUGUAAAAUACAAAUUCAGAUUUACGACUGUUAACAUUUGUACUGUACACCACAAUUGGUACUAAUUAUAUAACUCCUAUAAACAUUUUACAUUUAAAACGUUUUUACCCUAGUCUUAUCUCAGCUGUGUCUCGGGGGAGUUAGCAUAGAAUACAAUUCCAUUCGCAUACCUGGCGGAAACCUGAACAAGAAGUCAUCAUGACUCACAUGUUGCUGGAUUCUUGGUCGGUGAGCCUGCGCGCAAUUCUUGCUUGGAAACACCUUCAGGCAAAUCAAGAGAAUCAUUAAGCGUGUUUUUCAUUAGAAGAAAAUGACACCGGCCUGUAAUUCUAGUUGGAUCUUUCUCGUUAUGCUUUUCCUGGUAGUAAGCAACAGGCCUCCGAGGAGUUUUGCUCAAUCCGAAACAUAUUCAAUUAACGUUGAAGGUAAAGAAAUCAACUGCAAAAAAUGCCCACCUUGUCACAGAGUUGUGAAAGACUGUGGGCUGAACAGUGAUACUGAUUGCACCAGUUGUGAAGAUGGUACAUAUAUGGAUUUUCCAACAGACUUGCGGAAGUGCUUAACCUGCAGGAAACCCUGCGGGCUUCAUGAAAAAGAAACUGCCCCAUGCAUUCCGACUGUGAACCGGGAGUGCAUGUGUAAAGAUAAUGCCUAUCAGUUGGACGGAGAGUGUAUGCCACACAGACAGUGUCCACUUGGACAAGGAGUUUACAAAGCAGGCACAAACAUGUCCAAUGUACUCUGCAGGCGCUGCAUACGUGGUUAUUUCUCAGAUGUAAUUUCAAGCACUGCAACUUGUAAACGGCACACAAACUGCAUUGGAAAUAAUUUGUCAAUUAGGGAAUUUGGAAAUGGGACAGCUGACAAUGUUUGUGGACCAAAACCAGUUAAAUCAUUACUUCAGCCUGGACAGGAACAUUCUACAGAUUCUACAGAUAGAAACAGUAAUGCAUCAAUAUGCCUUCAAGAGUGUGCACACACCAGUGUGUGUCUGAGCACACAGACAAUGUCCAUUAUAGCAGUGGUGCUGGCUUUACUGUUAACACUCUGUGUGACUGGUUGGAGCAAGUAUAUAAGGAAGAGAAAGAAACUAAAGAAGCAUGCAGCAGAUUUAACACAGGCUGAUAAACAAUGGAAAUUUAUCAACAGAGAGACAGGUACACAGAGAAAUGCAUUGCAUGUUGUAGCAGGUAUGAUUGGCAAAGACUGGACAAAGCUGCUUGGAGAACUUGGCUAUACAAAGGACUGGCGGACUAUACGAGAUGAAAAUAAGCAUGUGUAUGACCAAGCGCUGGAGGGGCUGAGGAUGUGGACACAAUGGGAAGAAAAGUCAUCGCUGGUGCUCUUAAAACAAGCAGCAAAGUCAAUCGAUAGAAAUGACAUCUACGAAGCACUGGAUUCACUUACAGAUGAAACAACAAAAAUGGCUCAUAAAGAAAAAAAAAACACAACUACUGUUCUUCCUUGCAUAAGGGAAAGAAAAUUAACUUUUGGUGCGGCAAGCAAAAUUGGUCACCAGCAUUUGAAGAAGCCACUGCUACAAUCAAAUCCCAUUGCAGGAGAAAUAAAUGAAGAUCGAUAAGAUGGUGGAAGAUUUUGUUACCUUCAUACACAUUCAGCACUUUCAUUAUAUUAAUCUCUUAAAGGGGAAGCUAUGAAUGCAGGUCUAUUGUACGUUAUUGUAGAUGAUAAUUCUCUGUAGAGACCAUCUUUCCAAGUUUUCACAAUGAUGAGGAUGAUAGGACAGCUGCUUUAUAUUGUGGUGUGUAAGAGGUGCUGGCCAGCUAUUUUAUAUUGUGGUGUAUAAGAGGUGCUGGCCCAACUGCUUUAUAUUGUGGUGCAGAAGAGGUGCUGGCCUAGCUGCUUUAUAUUGUGGUGUAGAAGAGGUGCUGGCCCAGCUGCUUUAUAUUGUGAUGUAGAAGAGGUGCUGGCCCAGCUGCUUUAUGUUGUGGUGUAUUGGAGGUGCUGGCCCAGCUGCUUUAUAUUGUGGUGUAUUGGAGGUGCUGGCCCAGCUGCUUUAUAUUGUGGUGUAGAAGAGGUGCUGGCCCAGCUGCUUUAUAUUGUGGUGUAGAAGAGGUGCUGGCCCAGCUGCUUUAUAUUGUGGUGUAUUGGAGGUGCUGGUUUUUCGAGUAUAUAUAUAUAAUGUUUAUUUUGUAAAGUUUGUUUUUGGUAGUGCAGUUGCUUCUACAAAAGUUAAAAUGUGUGUGUGUAGCUGCAAGCCAUAAAACCGCAUGCAACCGUUGAAAUAUACAUCGUAUGAAAUAUGUAUCGUGUCUUUGCUAGUAACAUUUUUUUAAAGUAUAGUGUAUUUACAAAACAGAUUAAAAGUAUUAAAUAAAUUGAUCAUUAGAUUUGUGUGCAUCUCUCCAUAUAUAAACCUAACAAGUCUGUGAUUUCCCCCUGCUGCUGAUAUAUUAAGAGCCCAAUAUAUGCUUAUGUUUGUCACGCUGUAUUUCUGUAAUUACUUGGGACAUUGACUAUUAAAGUGGUACUUUCUACUUUUCUA